UCUGCGCGGUCGACCCACGUGUAGACAUUUCCUGUAAGGGGGUGGCCUGAUCAACACACUGCAAGAUCUGUUCUGAUGUGUUUGUUUUAAAGCUAUGGACGAAUUACCAGCGGACCUCAGAGCUUUUCUUCUGAACCACCCCUUCCUUCAGCUUACAGAUGACAAAAAGGUCAAAUGCACUCUGAAUGGCCAUGAGUUUCCAUGCAACCUGGCGGAGCUGCAGAAGUUCACUCAGGGGAAGAAAUAUGAGAAACUGAGUGCAGCUGCAGAGUUCAACUACACCCAGUACGAACCACACAUUGUGCCAAGCACGAAACAACCCAAUCAGCUUUUCUGUAAGCUGACCCUCAGACACCUGAACCGGCAGCCACAUCACGUCCUAAGACAUGUUACUGGAAAACGCUUCAAGAAAGCCCUCUCUAAAUAUGAAGAGUGUGUGCAGCAAGGGAUUGAAUUCACUCCAGCCAGACUCAAACAGAAAAGGCCCAGAGACACCGGAGAGGAGGUCAAACGGGGGAGGUCUACAAAACAUGGCAACAGCUCAUGGGAACCCUCAUCCAGUGACGAGGAUCACAGUGACUCAGAAGACAGCAUGAGUGACCUCUACCCUUCCUCUGUAUUCACUUUAAAAACCCCAGCAGAAGAAAAUAUGGAGGGUGAGAAGAAGGAGGAGGAUGAUGACUUCCAAACAGAUGAAGAGGAGGAAAUGGAGGUGGAUAAGCAGAUGUUGCAGAAACGCAAGAAGGUCCAGGGCGGGUCUGGUUUUCAGAAGAAAAUCCGAAAUAACCACUGGAAAUCAGGACGUAAGAAACGUGGAAAAGUGCCAAGUGAAAAAUAAUAAGAACCAACAUAUGUAGUAUUUUUAUACCUGCUAAUUUGUCAAGGCUCAACACUGCACUUCCAGUUUGGAGUAGUACUGCUGUGUCUGAACCAGCCUUUGUAUGAGUGAACAUCCAUUAGACUUUUCAUAUUUUCUGCGUAUGAAAUAUUGUCUGAUUUCCGAGAUGUGAUGUUCCAACAUGACAGAGAAAAUGUGUUAGUGGCAGUAAACGCAUCAUGUUGACUGGAUAAGUUGUAUUUUUCUGGUUUGCAACCGAGUGUGCAAGUAUAAAAUACAACAAAGUUUUGGAUUUACAAA